UUCCAGCUUCUUGCUCAUCCUUUGUUCGAGAGACAGAUGCGUCUUGUGGCGAGCCACCGGAACAGGUAAGCUUGAUGAUUACCAGGAACGAAUGAACAAAGGGGAAAGGCUUAACCAAGAUCAGCUGGAUGCCGUGUCUAAGUACCAGGAAGUCACAAAUAACUUGGAGUUUGCAAAGGAGUUACAGAGGAGCUUCAUGGCAUUAAGUCAAGACAUCCAGAAGACAAUCAAGAAGACGGCACGUCGGGAGCAGCUCAUGAGAGAAGAGGCUGAGCAGAAGCGUUUGAAGACUGUCCUGGAGCUGCAGUACGUCCUGGAUAAGCUGGGGGACGAGGAGGUGCGCGGCGACCUGAGGCAGGGCCCGAGCGGGGUGCCCAUCUUGUGUGAGGAGGAACUGUCCCUGCUGGAUGACUUCUACAAGCUGGUGGACCCGGAGCGGGACAUGAGUUUGCGGCUGAGCGAGCAGUACGAGCACGCCUCCAUGCACCUGUGGGACCUGCUGGAGGGCAAGGAGAAGGCUGUGUGCGGGACCACUUAUAAAGUUCUCAAAGACAUUGUGGAGCGGGUUUUCCAGUCUAACUACUUUGACAGCACCCACGGUCACCAGAACGGGCUGUGUGAGGCGGAGGUGGCCUCAGCCCCUGCCGUGGAGGACCAAGUGGCUGAUGCUGAACCUGAGCCAGCGGAAGAGUUCACUGAGCAAAGUGAAGUGGAGUCCACGGAGUAUGUAAACAGACAGUUUAUGGCGGAAACACAGUUCAGCGGAGGAGAGAAGGAGCAGGUGGAGGAGUGGACGGUGGAAACAGUGGAGGUGGUCAACUCCCUCCAGCAGCAGCCUCAGGCCACGUCCCCCUCUGUACCGGAGCCCCACUCUCUGCCUCAGGUGGCUCAGGCAGACCCCCUCGUGAGAAGGCAGCGAGUGCAGGACCUCAUGGCGCAGAUGCAGGGUCCCUAUAACUUCAUACAGGACUCAAUGCUGGACUUUGAAAACCAGACGCUCGAUCCCGCCAUUGUCUCCGCGCAGCCCAUGAACCCUGCACAGAACAUGGACAUGCCCCAGCUGGUCUGCCCUCCAGUUCACUCUGAAUCAAGACUUGCUCAGCCUAGUCAAGUUUCUGUGCAGCCAGAAGCUACACAGGUUCCUUUGGUCUCGUCCGCAAGUGAGGGGUACCCUGCACCUCAGCCCUUGUACCAGCCCUCCCAUGCUGCAGAGCAGCGGCCACAGAAGGAGCCCAUCGAUCAGAUUCAGGCAACGAUCUCUUUAAAUGCAGACCAGACGACGGCAUCCUCAUCCCUUCCUGCUGCUUCUCAGCCCCAAGUGUUCCAGGCUGGGACCAGCAAGCCUUUGCACAGCAGUGGGAUCAAUGUCAACGCGGCUCCAUUCCAGUCCAUGCAGACGGUGUUCAACAUGAAUGCCCCAGUCCCGCCUGUGAAUGAGCCAGAGACUCUGAAGCAGCCAAGCCAGUACCCGACCAGCUACAGCCAGGGCUUCUCCAGCCAGCCCCACCAGGUGGAGCAGACCGAGCUUCAGCAGGAGCAGCUGCAGACAGUGGUUGGCCCUUACCACGGGCCCCAGGACCAGCCCCAUCAGGUGACAGGGAGCCACCCGCAGCCACCCCAGCAGAACACGGGGUUCCCACGCAGCAGCCAGCCCUACUACAGCAGCCGCGGUGUGGCCCGUGGUGGUGCCCGGGGUGCCCGAGGCUUGAUGAAUGGGUACAGGGGCCCUGCCAACGGGUUCAGAGGAGGCUAUGAUGGCUACCGCCCUUCCUUCUCCAACACUCCAAACAGUGGCUACGCACAGUCCCAGUUCAGUGCUCCCCGGGACUACUCUGGCUAUCAGCGGGAUGGAUACCAGCAGAAUUUCAAGCGAGGCUCUGGGCAGAGUGGACCCCGGGGAGCCCCACGAGGUCGUGGAGGGCCCCCAAGACCCAACAGAGGGAUGCCGCAAAUGAACACUCAGCAAGUGAAUUAAUCUGAUUCACAGGAUUAUGUUUAAUCGCCAAACACACACUGGCCAGUGUACCAUACCAUGUUACCAGAAGAGUUAUUAUCUAUUGUUCUCCCUUUCAGGAAACUUAUGUAAAGGGACUGUCUCAUCCCAUAAAGACAGGACUGCAGUGGUCAGCUUUCUGUCACCUGGACACGGAAGGAAUCUCUUUUUACUCUGCAUGUUCUGUCCUCAGCGUCAUCUCGAGCCUCGCACAUGAUGCUCAGAUCCUCACCCUUGCUUAGGAGUUAAAAGUAACACUUUACGGGGUGAUGAGAAUCUCCAUAGUUACUCGGAGUGACUUGAAAAAAGCAAGACUGACUUUUUGACAUUGGAUAAAAUCUACACAUCAGCCCCAUUCAGUGGUAAUUGACAAAACUAAACUAUUUCCCUUGAAAGGAAGAACGGAAGGCGUGGAGUGUGGUUCGGCAGAGCAACUGCAUUCCGCGGCUUGUCCAGCUCAGUUGCCUGCCGGACAUUCAGAGGCAUCCCAGGCACCAUGGCCCUCCACGUGCAGGGCUGGUCUCCAGUUGUGCCCGGCACUGUUCAUCUGGCCAGACGACUGUGAUUAGAAACACAGGCAAAUUGCUUUUUAGCAGCUGAUACUGUAUACGAUAAAGCCAAAAUGCAAGGUUAGGCUUUGAUUGGCACUUUUAUAAAAUAUGCAACAAACAUGGGAUGUGAUCUGGAUGGCCGCUUCCAUACAUAAUGUGAAGCGUUUAGAUUCCUUUUGAACGUGUAGCCGUUUCCUUGCGACAAUGGCUUUUGUAAGGAUUGGUGUGUCCAUCACUCCUUACGACGCGACAUUGUCUGUCACUAAUCCUUGGGUCUUGCUGUGUAGUCACCUAAUUGGUACCGGUACUGGCAAAAUCGCUAACAGAUCAUAACACUCUCGAUCACUGUCUUUCCUGCAGUUUGAAAGUUUUUUUUUUUUUUAAAGGAAAGAUAACAAAUGCCUGCCGCUGCCACCCUUUUGAAUUGCUCUCUUCUGAAAAGCACCAGGAUGUGUGUUCAAUUGGUCUCCCUGUUUUAGGGAAAUGACAGUCCAUAGUUUCAGUUCUGAUGGCAUAAGCAAAAUGAAUAAAAACAUGUUUAUAAAAUUUGAAUCUUGAACCACUGGUGUUCACAGCUGGCAGCUCCCGGGUGCCCCAUGCAGGGUCUGCGCCACGAUUCGUGGCUCUACAGUCACUGUCCUCUGGGACUGCACUCUCUUUUGUCUGACUGGGCCCUGGGAGUCUCCUUGGCCCGGGGAGGCAUCCUUGCCCACAGUGGUGACUCCUCCCUUUGGCAUGGAGGGUGCGUCUCGAGCUCGAGGGACGUGGACAGUUGAGUAGUGACUUGGCCUACUGGGAGCACUCGUUCCGUGUGCCUAGACUUUCAUGCUGCUCGUUGGCCCAUUCCACUUUGACUUCGUGGAGAGUUAGUCCCACCCGUUUAGCAAAGGCUACAGCGUUAAUGGUAUUUCCUGUGCAGAAAUUACAUUUUAUUUGCAGCCUUUAGCUAAGGAGUUUUUCCAGUAGGUGCUCAGCUUCUUAAAAACAAAGAAAAAUUACUCUCACACCUUGACCAUUAGACAACUGGAGUUUUUGCUGGUUUUGUAACCUAAAACGGACAGGCUGUUGAACAUUCCACAUUCAGAAGUUUUGUAGGGUGGUGGGGAAUGGGGAUCUUCGAUGUUUAUUUUAAAAUAAAAUAAAACGAGUUCUCGCCUCUU